AUGGUGGGCGUCGCGAUGAACUUUUACGACGACCAAGGGCGCCAGGACCUGACGCCUACGGAGGGAAACCGCACGUACGCCAUCAUUGUGUGCAUAUUCGCGUCACUAGGUGGUAUCUUCUUCGGCUACGAUCAGGGUGUGACGGGUGGUGUGUUGGUCAUGGAGUCGUUCCUCAAUGACUUCUGCGUCGGCUGGCACGGGCAAACGAUGACGGACUGCACGAGAGCCACCGCGGAGCUGCCGCAGCGCUGGGUGGACUAUACAUUGUGGUACAACAUGACGUAUAACAUCGGCUGCAUGGUUGGUGCCAUCAUCGGUGGGUGGAUCGCAGACAAGUUCGGCCGCCGCCUCACCAUAUUUCAAGCCGGCUCGCUCUUCUGUCUCGGCACGUCGUGGCUCGCCUUUUGCCCCAGUCAGGCACACGGCUCGUUACUCAUCGCGCGAUUUAUUCAAGGAAUGGGCGUCGGCAACUCUUCAUUUUCACUGCCGCUGUUCGGAGCGGAGAUGGCCCCCAAGGAGCUGCGAGGCUUCCUCUCGGGCUUUAUGCAGAUGACAGUCGUCACAGGACUGCUCUGUGCUAAUAUUGUCAACCAGAUCAUUGAGAACCAUGAGCGCGGCUGGAGAAUCACCAAUGGGGUGGCCAUGGCAGCGCCAAUCGUCGUCAUGCUCGGCAUCUUCUUCGUACCGGAGAGUCCACGCUGGACAUAUCUGCACAAGGGCAAGGAUGCAGCUUCCGCGGUGCUGAAACAACUUAGGCAGACACGGAAAAUUGGGCGGGAGCUACGAGCCAUCGGUGCACAGAUUGCGAGAGAAGGACAACCAGGAGGAUACAAGGAACUUAUGGAGCCAUCGGUGCUUAAACGCGUGAUCAUCGCCAUGCUGCUUCAGGUACUGCAACAGGCCACAGGUAUCAAUCCCGUCUUCACCUACGGCGGUCUUAUUUUCAAGGAUGUCGUGGGUGAUGGUAUCUUGUCGGUGCUGAUCCUGUCGAUCGUGAACUUUGUCAGCACCAUCCCAGCCAUGCGGUGGGUAGACUUGUAUGGCCGUCGGCAGUUGCUGUUGAUUGGUGCUGUGGGCAUGGUAGUUGGACACUUGGUGUCUGCUAUUCUUUUCACGCUUGGUUGUGAUGGCAACACCGAGAGUGCUGGCUGUACCAAGACCUCAGGGUACGCUAUUAUCGUAGCCACGUCGUUCUUCGUUUUCAACUUCGCUAUCUCGUGGGGGCCGGUCUGCUGGAUCUACCCAGCCGAGAUCUUCCCACUUAACGUGCGAUCUAUAGCCGUUUCGCUCUCCACAAUGGCCAACUGGCUCAUGGGCGUCGUCAUGACCUGGGUGGUCAAACUUUUCCCGUCUUUGAACAUCAACGGCGUGUUCUUUUUGUUCGCUGGUACUUGUGUUGUUAGCGGCGUGUUCGUGUACUACAUGUGUCCGGAGACCACUGGUAUUCUUCUCGAAGACAUCGAAUCCUUGUUCAACGGUAGCGCGCGUCACAAGAAUUCGCCGAAGGAAGUGCAGGAGACGCCGUUCCAGUCCAUGCAGAGCUACCGCGUACCGGUAUGA